CUGUAGUCACUGAAUUAACAAAUGGACAAAUGUACCCAACUUUUAUACCAAAUCCAAGUCUGUGCUCUUUCCUGUUCUUUAUCACUUUUUUGUUUCCUCAGCUCCAACUGGGGCAUUAAGGAAGCACCCUUGACUUUUUGCUAGCGUCAUCGAACCCCAUUCUCAAAGUUUCCUGAGAAAGAUAUGUCGAAGAAAUAGCUGGCCCUCUGAGAAUAUCUUUAGGGAAAGGGGCAGUGAGGCUAGCCACAGCAGCAGCAGAGUCAGGCUUCUCCACCUGACUGCCUUCAACAAUGAUUAUCCAACAGCCAUUCUCUGCUUCUUCAUCUUGCUUUUGAAUCAUGGGAUUCAAUCCUGGUGACCAUGUAUCCCAUCCUAGAGAAUAAAUCACAUAUGAGCCCAAUGGUCUUAUAUAAGGGAUUGUAGCGAUCUACUCAAUUUCUCAGUCACACUGGAAAAGGAGGUCAUGUGACCCAGAACUGAACAAUGAAAUAUAAGGGGAAAUCUGCUUGAGUUUCUAGGGAAAAAUCUUGGUUCCAAAAUGAAAAGGCAAAGCCUCCAGAGAAAAUGACCUUGCUACAGUCCUUCCUUCCCACUCAGGAUUUUGGCUGAGGCUGUCAUGAUGCCUGCCAACUUGGGACUAACAAGAGAGCAGAUCAAGGAUAAAAAUCCAGUGAACUGAGGAUGGUAGGAAAAAAGGGGAAGAGAUCAGGCUGGUAAUGACCCUAUUGAACCUCCAACAAGAACCUUGCAAUCAAACACUAUGCUUCUGGUUAAGUAAAUAGUAUACGUCCCUGUUUAUAAACCACUGCUAAUCAGGUUUUCUGUUACUUUCCCACAGAUGGACUAGCCAGGCACAAUAAAAUGAUGUCUAGACAGGUGACAAAUAGGGUUUGGUGAGACCCUAAAGUCACCUCUUCCUAAUGAAGGAUCAAACAAAAGGCCUAUAAUAUGGGGCCAUUAACAGAAGGCGUGGGUGCUGUCCUUAUCAGGUUGCCAAGAAGAAAGCAGAGGGAAGAACAGAAAGGCGGAAGGGCUCCCCUUGGCAGAGAACCAGAGCAAAGGCAGCUGUUGCUUAUCGUGGACACACUGAAUUUAUCACAGUUGUGUGUCACACCCUAGCAGGCAUUUCUUUGAAAAUGUACUGGGGAGUGUGCUUGUAUGUUGUGCCUGCUUGUGUGUGGAGGCAUGUCCACGUCAGUACCACAGGGUAUAAAACAUCCUUUCCUGACCAGUCUUUUGCAGACCUUUUCUGAACUUCUUGCCCCAGGACACUGCUGUUCUACAGGAUGAAGUCUCCCUCCUGCUUCAUUCUCAUGCUCAUCCUCCUCCAGCUGAUGACCCCAGGGACUGCUCCAUGUACCUUAGACUCCAUUGUGGCUACAAAGAUAAAGGAAGCUCUCACUGCCUUAGAGUUAAAUCCUUCCCCAACAAGAAAGUUGUCAUGUAUCAGUAUCAAGAACUCAGGCAGAGUGUCCUCCUGCCCUGCAGGGAUGGUUGUCACCGGCUGUGCCUGUGGCUAUGGCUGUGGUUCCUGGGAUAUCCGGGGAGAAACCACAUGCCACUGCCAGUGCAGCACGAUAGACUGGACCACUGCUCGCUGCUGCCACCUGACUUGAGGGGGAGGAGGAGGAGAACCCAGCUGUGUGACCAUGACCGUAAUGAAACCAUACGCCAAACAGGAAACCUGACUCAAACUGUCCCUUCCAUUUGUUAC